GCUGGGGGUGGGGGGCUAGUUUUUGCAACGGCUAAGGGCCUGCGGGUUUAUUAAAAGGCGGAGCUCGGCGGGAGAGGUGCAGGCGCGAGCCGAGCUGACCAGAGAGGAAUCCAGCAGUAGAGAGCGGACUGUAGCCGGCGGAACCCACAGCUCUCGCCUAGGACAGCCGAGCACUGGGCAUCACUCGAGCGCAAACCGUGGAGCCUACCCAGAGCUCCGCUCAGUCCGCGCAGCGCCGCGCAGCUCCGACCCGCGCAGUCCGCCGCUCUUGCACCACCGGUCCGGGCAGCAUGAGGCACGCGGCGCUCUGGCUCUGUCUUUGCGCGCUGGCGCUGCGCCUGCAGCCAGCCCUCCCGCAAAUUGUGGCCACAAAUAUGCCACCCGAAGAUCAGGAUGGCUCUGGGGAUGACUCUGACAACUUUUCUGGCUCAGGCGCAGGUGCUCUGCCAGAUACCAUCUUGUCACCACAGAUGCCCACCACCUGGAAGGACAUGGGGCUUCUGACAGCCAUGCCUGUGGCUCCAGAGCCCACUAGCCCGGACACCUUUGCCGCCUCCACCUCUGUCCUGCUGACUGGAGAGCGGCGAAACGAGGGAGAGGCGGUGCUGGUGGCAAAGGUGGUGCCUGACUCUACAGCCCAGGAGAAGGAGGCCACCCACCCACCUGGUGAGACCACGCUGCACCCAACCACCCACCGGGCAUCAACAGCCAGAGCCACCACGGCCCAGGGGCCUGCCACCUCCCAUCCCCACAGGGACAUACAGCCUGACUACCACGAGACCUCAGCUCCCACAGGUCAUGGCCAGCUCGACUCUCACACUCCCAGGGUGGAGGGUGGAGACCCUCCUGCCACUGAGAAGGCUCCUGAGGACGAAGCUUCCACCCAACUCCCAGUAGCAGAGGGCUCUGGGGAGCAGGACUUCACCUUUGAUGUAUCCGAGGAGAACAACCCGAGGGCCGCGGAGGAACCUGACCAGCGGAAUGAGCUUCCAGUGGAUCCUGGGGCCACAGGGGCCUCACAGGGCCUCUUGGACAGGAAGGAAGUGCUGGGGGGGGUCAUUGCUGGAGGCCUUGUGGGCCUCAUCUUCGCUGUGUGCCUGGUGGGUUUCAUGCUGUACCGGAUGAAGAAGAAGGAUGAGGGCAGCUACUCCUUGGAGGAGCCAAAACAAGCCAAUGGCGGGGCCUACCAGAAGCCCAGCAAGCAGGAGGAGUUCUACGCCUGACCGGGGAGUGCUUCUCCCCUCCCCCUGCCACUCGCUAGGCCUCCACUUGCCUCUUCUGUGAAGAACUGCAGACCCUGCCUCCCCUGCCACAUGCCACCUCCCUGGUGCUCCCUGCUGGUGGCUCCCUGCCCGCGGCUCCCUGCCCGCAGAGUCCAGGCUGCACCAGGGGACUCCCUUCUGCUUCUCUGAC